AGGGCAUUCCGAUUCUGCCUGAAAAAGUUGCCGUGAUACACGCGGAAGUGUUAACUACUCAAACGCUUGCAUUUAUGUUCUAUUUGGUUUCAGCGACGAGGAGAGAUAAUAGAGGUGAAAGGGGGAAUGUUCAUCCUGAAUGAUUUUGGUUUGUUUAACGAGUUAAACUACCGUUAGCAGACCCUUUUGAAUUUUCCUCUGAUCAGGUAAAGAUUCUUUAGGUGUGAAUUCCCUGUCAGUCAUCGCAAGAUUUAUAUGUCGCUUUUCACUGGGGAGAUCUUCUGGUGUUCACAAAGCCUCUUGGGCAAAUCGUUGUUUGCGCUUUAUGCGAUAAUGGAUGGAUAGAGAGUGACGAGAAAGUAUCAACUGGAAUCUUUCAACUGUCAUGAUUAUUUUUGAAUUGUCAUUUAUGACUUGGAUGUGGCAUUGUUUACUCUCUGUGGCGCUGUUGAUAUUGGACCCAACAAUUUUACGCGGGAAUUAUAUGCACGGAUGUGAUAGAAAACUAGAUCAGGAUUUUCGUCUGUCGUUGGGAAUAGUGAGAUAUGUUCCAUGGUGAAACUAAGGGAUUGACACACGGAUACCCAUCUGACUCGCUUAAAUUCCGGGGUCAGCGACGGGCAGGUGCGUGUUGGAAUCGGCGGCUGCGCGCAGUGACUGGGGUCGUGGAUUAGAACCACACCGUUUGAGGAGAGCGCGUGUCAUGCGGACUCGGGUGUCGCACGCUGGAAGGCUUUAAAACCUGUGGUCAGGAGCUGACAGAUAAGCGGAUAUGGCGAUGACAGCAAACCGAUCGCCCACACGACGCCAUACAUGCUGUCUGCCAUCUGCCCAGUAAAGUUGAAACCGGAAUUCAUUCGUGAAGAGCACGCUUCUCCAGCGUGCCAGUGGCCAUCGAAGGCUCUGCUAUGCGGCGCCGCUGGCUGAUGGUACCGCUGCUCAUGCAGGUGUGGCUGGCUGCAUCUCCGUCCCUCAGCGAGCGCCCAUGCCCCAAAAGCUGUCGCUGUGAUGGGAAAAUCGUCUACUGUGAGUCAAGCGCCUUUCGUGAUGUCCCCAAGAACCUCUCAGGGGGCUGCCAAGGCCUGUCCUUACGUUACAACAGUCUGGCGAGUCUCAGAGCCCGACAGUUUGUGGGCCUCAACCAGCUCAUCUGGCUCUACUUGGACCACAACUACAUUGCCUCUGUGGACGUACUGGCUUUCCAAGGCGUUCGGAGGCUCAAGGAGCUGAUCCUGAGUUCCAACAAGAUCACAAUGCUCCACAACACCACUUUCCACCCUAUACCCAACCUCCGCAACCUGGACCUGUCUUACAACAAACUGGCAGCCCUGCAGCCGGGCCAGUUCCAGGGCCUCCGCAAGCUCCUCAGCCUGCACAUGCGCUCCAACUCCUUGAAGAGCAUCCCUGUGCGUCUGUUCCAGGACUGCAGAAACCUGGAGUUCCUGGACCUGGGCUACAACCGCCUGCGCAGCAUCACCCGCAACGCCUUUUCAGGCCUGCUGAAACUGACUGAGCUGCACCUGGAGCACAACCAGUUCUCCAAGAUCAACUUCUCCCACUUCCCACGCCUCUACAACCUGCGGGCGCUGUACCUGCAGUGGAACCGCAUCCGCUCCAUGAGCCAGGGCCUCACCUGGACAUGGACCUCCCUGCAGAAGCUGGACCUGUCUGGCAAUGAUCUGCAAGAGGUGGAUGCUACUGUCUACCAAUGCCUGCCCAACCUUCAAACACUCAAUCUGGAUUCCAACAAACUGACCAACGUGUCCCAGGAGACCGUGUCGGCCUGGAUCUCCCUGACCACCAUCAGCCUGGCGGGGAAUGUGUGGGACUGUGGCCAUGUGAUCUGCCCCUUGGUGGUCUGGCUGAGGAACUUCAAGGGGAACAAGGAGACCACCAUGAUCUGCGCCGCCCCCAAGGAGGCCCAAGGUGAGAAGGUCAUGGAUGCCAUAGACACCCACGGUGUGUGUCGGGCUACCGCCAUCACUCCCCUCACAGCCAGCACCCGGCCCACCCCCUCUAAAGGCCCAGACCAGACAGAACACCACCCAGCCUACCCCACGCCCCACACCGGAGCUGGGAAGAGGGGAGAGGGAUCUAGAGGUGGCCCUGCAUCUUCAGCUGUCACCCCACCCAUGGAACCACCACCUGAGCAUGAGUUUGAGCCUGUGUCCUUUCACAAGAUUGUGGCGGGGAGCGUUGCCCUGUUUUUGUCUGUGGCGAUGAUCCUGUUGGUGAUCUACGUGUCGUGGAAGCGCUAUCCCAGCAGCGUCAAGCAGUUGCAGGAGCACUCUGCCGCGGCUCGCAAACGGCGGAAAAAAGCUAGAGAGACAGAGCACACGCUGAGCUCCCCACUGCAGGAGUACUAUGUGGACUACAAGCCCACCAAUUCGGAGGCCAUGGACGUGCUUGUCAACGGGACUGGCUCCUGCACCUGCACCAUCUCAGGCUCCAGGGAAUGCGAGGUCCCGCACCAGAUGGGCACGCUGGCGUAUUACCGGUACGAGCAGCCUAUCGUGGACUACUGCCAGGCCCAUCAGCCCCUGCGGCUCAACAUGGGCUACGAGGGUCCCCCGCAGGGCCUGGAGGAGCUGGGGCCACGUGAGAGAACCACCAUACAGACUGUAUCGCUGCCCUCUGUGCCCUCUGCUGCCACAGUGGGGGCCGGGCCCCGCUCACCGCCCUCUAUCCUCAGAGCCCCGUCCCAGGUCCCCGGUGGCUCCUUCCCUCCCCAAGAGCGCACCACCACGCUCACCUUUGGACGCUAACAACUGGAGCGAGAGUCUGUCGUUUGAGGUGGGGGGGAUGCCACAGAUCCACCAUGACUCUUGAAUAGAGGGCAAGGGAGCAGGGGGGUUCUGUGAGGCCUUUUUCGGCACAUUGGCAUGGGAUGGCCACAAGGGGGCAGAGGUAAAAAGAGGAGAACAAAAAUGAUAAAUUUAAAAACAUGGCUAGAGGCCAUUGGCAUCUGGCAACUGGAAUGUGACCAUUAUGAAGGCUGAUGCAUCCUGGGAGUCCUGCUAUUAUCUCUUUUUCUUUUUCCAAACACUUCAAAGUGGACUUGCUGCUCCCCUCCUCUUGGCUACUGGGAAAUAGAAACGUGAUGCAACGUGCAUGACACGUUAAAGCAUCCAUUUGGUUAUAGCUCUGGCCAAUGUGGCGACAAUGCUGCAUGGUGCCUGUUCCAAGGGAUGGAUCAUGGCAGUUCUCUCAUGUUGUGUUAGGAGUGAGAAAGGAAUGUGCAAUAAGCUAUGUGUCUGGAGGACAAGAAAAGAAAGAGAGCAACGUCAUGAAACAAAAUAAUGUUUACCAGAACUCAAAGGCUCGCUCUUUUUCCCAUUCAAAUUGCCAGUCAGGGGUUAUAAUGCCAUGGAAAUCAUUAUCUCAUUCAAAUGAGUAAAUUCUCAAAAAAUAAGAAUGUUAUGAGAGAAAACAAGUAGAUUCAUUGUAUUGUUUCCAUACUGUAUUGUCAGUAUGUUCAACUAUGGAGGUCAAGGUCUGAGUUUUAUUCAUGUGCUCAUGUCGUACCAAAGAUGUAUUAUUUUUAUGUACAAUAAUAGCAUUUGUUUUCUUUAUACUUUUUGUUUCUGAAAACAUAACUGGUACACAUUAAAUACAUGCAUUAGAUGGUUUACCUUUUUAUAAAUGUACGUCUGCCAUCUGCAUACAGUAUGUACAACCAAACCACAUAAUAAUCUACAGAGGCUGCCGAGUCCUGUGUCUGUAAAUGGUUGAGAGAGCCUACUCAGUUAUCAUUACAAAAAGACCAUUUUAUGGAGUCCGAUAGAAAAUGUAGGAAGCAUGUGCAAUGGGGUGUCAAGAUUUGGCAGCUGGCUCGAGUUGGCCCACCAGAUUAUACUAUCUAUGGUCUGACUAAUUCAUGAGAUGUAUAUCUAUUUCAUUAAAUACUUUUAAAUGGAAUUGCUGGAUGUGAAGUGUUUGGGCAGAAUUAAGGUAUUUUAAAUGCUGAUGCUUUGUAAUGCUCAAUUUGAUCAAAUUGGGCAAAGCAAUGAACAAGGAGGUAUGUAGGUCCUUCCAGGGGGUCAACUAAAGGUUGAAUCUCAUACCACCUGUAAAGGCCGAACUAACCCUUUUAUAUAUUUGAUUUCUAAAAACAAUGCUUGAUUUUCUUGUAACUGGCCUGUUUGUGAGGUGAGCGGCAGGUAUGCUGGUGGAUUGGUGAUGCACUGCUCCUGUGCUCUCCUCUCUACUCCCUUAGAAACACAGCAGACAAAGAGCCCAGUGCCUCACGGGGGCUUGUUGGGCUGACUGACUGGCACGUUGGUGCGUCUUUGACAUCCAGAAAAAAAAUCAUUGACUGUGGUGGACUAUCACUGGGGAUGGAUGUUGCCUGUUAAUAACACAGCCCUUUGCCAGUAAGUGUGCCUGACUGGGUUUGAACUCCAACCAGAUGAAUGUGGACACUGUCUCUGUUACCCAUGAGCACUUUUGGACAUCCUUUACCGUCAAUUGAUGGAGUUGAAGAUGGACUGGAUCCUUUGUUGUGGUGGCUUUUCAACGGAGAUUCCCCACCCCUCACUCCCCAUGUCCAAAUCAAACACACACACUGCGGUCAUUUUUUAUCUGUCAAGUUCAAUACCCUGAGGUCUGUAUAAUGGAAGAGGGAGCACAUCAAGCCACCUAUGUAUAUGGCUCCCCAUGAAGGAGAAAGCCUGAGAGGGCAAAGAGAAGGGAGGGCCAGGAGACCGCCGGCCGGGGGGUGUGCUUUUUUGUAUGUUUCUUGAUCGGAAGCAAAAGUGUACAUUUUUGAGAUGAUCAAUGAUGUCAAGCAAUUCUAUAAAAAGACUACAUAAAAAGGACAAAAUCCUUCGGGACUUAUUUAUCUUGUAAAUAGAGAAUCUUUAAAAAGGAAAAAGUUACGUAUUUUGCUUCUUCUGAAACACAAACUGCUUGUGGCCAGAAGAGGAGCCUUAUCCACGAGCCGGAGUGAGCGAGGGAGUCUGUCCAGAAGAUGGCUUUGGGAGGGAGUUGAUGAUUCCCACCAUUUCCUCUACUCUCCUUGUUUUAAUUAUAAAUAUUUUUCUACCUGCUCCCACCUCCCUCCAGCAUGUCACUAUUCCUGCAAACAUUGUCCAUCACUGAGGUUUUUACUAAUGUCUUAAAGUCUACCCUACCAGAAGUAUUCUUCACAUUAGAGUGAAAUGCUUACGAGCCUAUAGUGCGGAAUUUUAAAGUCAAAUAUUUGCUAAAUGAAAAAAGGAAAUAGUAACACAAUAAAAACAAUAAUGAAGCUACAAGGACUACCAGUACCGAGUCAAUGUGCAGGGGUACAAGGUAGUUGAGGUAAUACAGUAUGUACAAGUGGGUAGGAGUAAAAGUGACUAGGCAAUCAGGAUAUAUAAUAAACAGAGUAGCAGCUGUUCAGGCCGCUGUUACUAUUAUUAUUAUUUUUAUCAACCCAUGUUCUCGUGUAUGACUCGUUUUCAGUAUGCUUGAGAUACAGUAUGUUAUUUCUACUAAAGCCAUGAUAACUUCAUUUAAUUUAAUAAUUUACCAACCCCCAAGCAAAAACACACCGACAAUGCUCUGAUAAUUAUAUCAUGAUCUAGAAGAGUUUUGAGAUACUGUAUGCCCCACGUAUUACAUACAAACUGUUGGUUUACUCGAAAUGGUUUCUGACUACAGUGCUGGUUUUAGUUGACCUUGUAAUAAAUGUUGUGCCAAUGUCUUCACAAAUGGGACAUCCCACUCUCAGUUCUAGCAAUGUCUUGUCUUGCCUUGCUCUUUAAACCUCCCCUGCCAUCUCCUGGCCUGGAUAUCAUGUCUGCCUUUGGUGACCCUUUUUUACAAUGUUCUAUUUCUGUCCGCAUGCUGACGACUGGGCAAACCACGUCAAAAUAUAAGGGUGUGCACUGAACGAGAAACAGAUAGUAUAGAGCUAGACUAUUUCCUGUUUGACAUGCCCUAGAACCACAAGCAUGUGUUUCCACACACACACUGGCUACUUUGGUGUCUCUCAAGCAAGCUGUUCACUGACCCCUCUGUAGCCCAUCCUCUCCAGAGUAGAUGUCUCCAGCCCCAUGGGCCCUCCAGUCUCCAUGCUGUCUUUAUGCACAUUGCAGAAAGAGAUGCUUGUGUUGGACGAGGCUAUACUCCAGAGAGAGGCUUCCCUCUUCUAUUAUGGUAACACAUUUCCAGACUAAUUAUCAUUAUUUAGUUUCUUCAUUAAUAUGUUUCCUUGAGCAGUAAUCACUCAACAGCAGUCCAACAACGAUCAAAACAAUAUGUAAUUGGAAGUUUAAAAGGAGUCAUGGUGACCACAAUUAAAUUAGCGGCUAAUAAGUCAUUGGUUUACCAUGAUCUACAUCCAUGAUAAGGCCAUUGGAAUAAAGGGACCCUGCUGUCUUCCAUGAACAAGUCUUUUGUCCCAUUUUUCUAAUGUUGUAAUGUACGGGGCUUUCAGCACAGGGGAUGCAUACAACUUGUGCAAGUUUAAGCUGAAAUUCAGGAACGUCUGUGCUAGCCCAGAAACGCCGACAGGCUUUGUUUUUUUCCUCAGCCUUGUUUGUUUUGGGAUCUGUUCCCCCCUCUACCCCAAUCCUCUGAGUUUGGGAUCAAAUCCCUUUUGGGAACAGAUUUAGCUGAAGGGAGGGUGAACAAAGGUCUGAAGUAUUGCAAGAAAGCCUUUCAUAUUUCUGUGUCUAUGCUCAGAGGAAUGGCUAAAUGCAAAUCUCUAGGGGAAAGAGAGAUGAGGCAAGAGAGAUGGGGGGGGGGAAGAGAAAUCGAGAAAAUGGGAAACAAAUAACAGAAAUUAAGAAAAGGGGUAAGAAUAAGAGAAUUGUAUUGUAUUUGCUUAAAACAAAGGUUUUGCAUCCCAUGCACACCAAGGGAUGCUAUCCUAACACCUUGGUACACAUGUACAGUACCUCAUUAACACAUUGAAUGAGGCACACAGACACCUGCAUCCUCCUAAAUCUCCCAAAUCCUACUUCCACACCCUGGCUGUAUGCAGUCUGAUCACACCUAAUGCACAUGGCUGAGGAUGCAGGAGGGUAUAGUGAGUGAACACAUCAUCGUGAACUGCACCCCCCCCCCCCCCCCCCACAGGGUGUAACAUCUGCUGUUGAUGAAUCGUGGCUUUUGUUGUCUAGGCUCUGUCACUGCUGGUGCACACCUAGUUUAUGCUGUCUCAAACCUGGCCCUUACAUCUCACCACGGCUCUGGACUCUGCAGCGCCUCACCUCCCUGCCAUCAACACAACACAUUUCUCCUUCCAGUUCACCUGAAGCCAACCGCAGAGAUUCAAUGACUUCUAUGUCAUUACCUGAUAAAUACGUUUGACAAAUUAGUUCCCAGCCAGAUGUGGCUUUGCGUCAUCUUCUCAUCUUCUCUAUUCCCUCCUGAACUGAGGCAUUAUACAGUUACAGUAUAGAGCCCCUAUAGGGCCUCUGUAGGGCCCAGAGCAUGUGGAGACCUGAGGCAUACAGGACAGUAGGAGAAGCUCUAACAUCAUUAGCUGGAGGUUUUUGCCCUUUGGCAUAAGCAAUGGUUACAAACCAGGGUCAAGACAAUAGGGGUUCUAAGCAUAACCGUUAACCUCUGUCAGAGACAUAAACUAUUCCGGUCUAAUAAAGCAUGUUUAAACCACUAAUUGGAUUUAUGUGAACAGAAUGAGAAAAGGAACACUAAUUUCAUAUAGAAUCAAUUUUGCUGAUAGAGGCGAUGUAUAGAUGUGAACAUGCAGUAAAACUGACAGAAAGCAAUAUUAUCAUAUUCUUUAAUAAUUCCUUAUUUGCUCCAAGCUUCUCCACAUUCUCCCCUCCCACCAAUAUCACUUGUUCUUUCCCAUGAUAUUUCCAUGUGAAUUUCUGCUUUUCCCUCAUCUAUCUCCUACUGACGGCAUUGAUUUCUGUGGGAUGUAAAUAUGAGCUGCAUUGUUUAUUCUGUAGUUGGUUUGUUGUUGUUUUGGUUUCAAUUCUUAUUUUCUGUGCUCAGACCUAAAGCGGCGUUGUGGAAACCUGGUCCAAACGCAAAAUAUGGCUUCUCUUUGAGUAUAUUAUUGUCAGAAAAUGUUUUGUAAAAAUUUUGAUGACGAAAUCAAAAAUAAAGAAAUUUAAAGGUU